UCCAGUCCACUUCCUCUACAGCUCCUGAACACAUUUUAUCUUCGUUGCCAGACUCUCGGACCCUGAAACUUGAUCUCUUUCGUGAUUCUCAGCUGUUAAGAACCUUGUAUACUGCAAGUUCCCUCGAGCAUGGCGCUCCAUACAUCUAGUUUGUGCUGCAAUGGUUAUGUUACCUUUAUUAGCAAUCGGAAGAACGUGCGUUGUUCCCAGAGUUGUGAGGUGUUUCAUCAUGUUCCUUCAGCUCUCCCUAAGCAAUAUGAUAUUGGCUUUGUUAAAGAAUCUACAGGAGGAUACGGAUUUCUUUUUCCUUCUAUUCCUCGUUGUUUGGGUUCAACAAUUGGAAAUUUCAGGCCCUGUAAACAAUCUACUAGGAUGCUAUCGUUUCGACCUUGUCAACUGAAAGCCGAGAACUCGAGCGGUGAAAGCAUUACACUCGAUGCAGAAACCUUGAAGCAGGACCUGCAAAAUGCCAUUGCAGAUGAAGACUACGCCAGAGCUGCAGAGAUCAGAGAUACCUUGAAAGCUCUUCAAGAGGACAGCAAAGCUUCAGUAUUUGCAGCCAAUGCUAAGUUCUACGAAUCAUUUCGGAACGGGGAUCUUGCAGCAAUGCAAACUCUUUGGGCACGAGGAGACAGCGUCUGCUGCGUGCACCCAGGCAUGAGGGGGAUAUUGGGAUACGACAAUGUUAUGACCAGUUGGGAGUAUGUAUGGGCAAAUUAUGAGUUCCCACUGGAGAUUCAGCUCAAGGAUGUUGAAGUUCAUGCUAGAGGGGAUGUUGGAUAUGUUACAUGUGUGGAAUUGGUGAAGACGAAAGGUAGCAGUUGGGGGGGACAGUUUGUUACCAACGUGUUUGAGAGAAUUAAUGGUCAAUGGUUCAUCUGUAUUCACCAUGCCUCACCUAUAGAUUUGUAAUAUAGAAACAUUCAAAUGCUUUAAGAAGAUUCAUGUCUCAGUUCGCGGUGUCAUUGUGCUUGCCAUAAUUUUAA